UUUCUUGUGACCAGGGUAAAUAUUACCUGGCACUGUUAAUGUUUAAUGCCAGCACCUCGUCCCGGCCACCUGCGGCACACGCAGAGGCGGCAGGAAGCAGCGGAGGAGCCCGGUGGGCUGGGGAGAUGGCAGGGGACGAUGGUGGAAGCCCCAAAGGGGAAGAGGACCCAUUCCACUAUGACUACGAGACUGUCCGCCAGGGAGGCCUGAUCUUCGCUGGCCUGGCCUUCGUCAUAGGGCUCAUCAUCCUCCUCAGCAAAAGAUUCCGCUGUGGGGGGCAUAAGAAACGCAGGCAACUCGGUGAAGACGAGCUGUGACAGCAGUCCCUCUCCUGCCUCCCUCUUUUCAGACUCAGCUGAGGACCCCCAUCUAGGCCGGACCGCCGACCCACCUCCUGUCUGCCAGGCUCAGCCUGAUCAAUCGUGGUGGGCUUUGCCUCCUGCCCGCACCACCUCCUGCCCGUAAUAAAGCUGGCUUCAGAAAUGGC